CCGUAUGAAGUAUUACUCGUGUGUUGUCGCCUGCUGGGCGCUGCUGGCUGUGGUCGGGCGAGCGACGCCGGCGAAGAUCGAAGGCCUGGAACAGACGCAGGAAAUUGAUGAUGUGAACGACCGGGAUCCUGAACUUCCGCGCACAUGUGAAUUAUCAACGGACAUCAACGAAACUUCAUUCCAGAAUCCCGGGUAUCCUUCUGCUACAAGUAUUCCUACUGAUGCUUGCAGACACAAAGUUUAUCCUGUUAAUGAUUACAUCUGCCAGAUUCGCCUGGACUUGAAAGAUUUCAUACUAGCCCAGCCAGAUUGGGAUGGAGUUUGUGCCACGGACUUCAUGCAAGUAUCCGGAGCAAUGACGAAAAUCCCCCAGAUUUGCGGGAUAAAUUCGGGACAACAUCUGUACCUGGAAGUAACACCGGAUUUUGGGAGCGUCACAAUCAACGUUGACACCUCAGCACCGGGGGCCAAGUGGAGCAUCUCCGUCGCACAAAUAGAGUGCAACUCCCCGUACCGAGCCCCGGCGGGCUGCCUCCAGUACUUCACCAGCACACAUGGAACCAUCAAAAGCUUCAACUACGACGCUACAACCUUCAACUCACCCAACACUCCACCCACGGCCACCACGCAGCUAGCCAGCCAGGCUUACGGCGUCUGCAUCAAGCCGCAGUCUGGCUUCUGCAGCGUCGCCUACACGAAAACUUCUGGGGUGUCCGAUGACUACAGCUUCUCCUUGAGUGGUGAUGCGAGUGUACUGCCCAUAGGAGCAAUCGGAUCAGUUGGCAGUACAGACUGCACAACGGAUUACUUGAUGAUUCCUAUGGGGACCAUAACUGACACAACUUACCCCGCCACCUCCGCUGAUCGCUACUGCGGCGUAAACUUCCCGAGUAAAGUUGAAAGCCUGGUGCAGCCGUUCGUCUUCUACGUGGUCACAGACGAGACGGAAACCAACCAUGCAGAUCCAGCACUCGACGAUGGUCCCAACGUGGGCUUCUCCAUUGGCUACAGAAUGCAAGCUUGCUGAAAUAACGGUUGUUAUUGUUAUGUUUGUCAUAUUUUAUUUAUAUGUUGUUUUGCUCGAACACCAAUAAUGCACCUGGAGUCUAACACCCGCAUUAACCAAAUAAAUAAGUAUAGAAAUAAAUACAGUAUGAAUCUGAUAAGUUCGAAGUGUAUGGCAGUUUCAUUUGUUCAGUAAACAUACUAUGAUAUUAAUACGGUUAAAUGGAAACAACUAAACCAGCCUAAAUGUCACAUGGAUUUUGAGUGUUGAAGCCUUGCAGCGAUAAUAUACAAUGGUUAUUCCAGUGCAGUGAUUAAGAGUGAGUCGUUAUUAGAGCUCGUGUCUUGAAUACCCAUGGUUUCAAAAUAUCCUAAGAGAAUUUGAAGUCGUCUAUGAAAAAAUUAGUAAUUUUUAUAGACAGAAGAAAAGUAAAAAAGCGUAUUUGUCAAAAACGCCAACUUCAUAUUGCGCCACAAUUUGCAGUCUAAUUGGUCCCUCCCGAAAAAAAACAGGUUAACCGAGCUAUUGUCGUACUGCAAGUAUGGACUUGAAGUAGCGGGUCAGAUAAUUUUCUUAUCCAUGUUCACCCAUAGAUCUAGUGAAAUUCGCCCUGAAAAUCAUAUCACUGACGUAAUAGAUUUGAAUUAGUACCGCUGCCAGUUUCUUCACCAAAAGACACAAGUUAAAAAUAAU